AGACAUGACCUUUUUCAUUUCUGUUUCCUCCCCCCUUUGACAUCAGGACAUAAAGAGAGACAAUGGGUAGUAGUGGUUGAGAUUCUGAUGUAAUUCGAAAACAAAAGGAAAGAAAAUUUGGGAAAAGUAAAUCAACUAUAUGAUCCACUUUUUCGAAAUUUGUUCAUGCCCUAUUUGUCCGGUCUGAGAUUUUGGAUUCCAACACUUUUCAGUUUCUCCCACUUUAUUAAAAUUUUCUCAAAAAAAUCAACUACUUUGACAGUGUAAAAAAUAAACACAAAAGAGAAAGCGAAGUGAUUUACGGAGGUCAAGUCCAUUUCCCACCCACCAAACAGCAAGAGAAUUUUUGUUAUUAGGGCUUUUCAAGUUUUUCAACUCCUACUACUACUACUCUUCUAGACAUCCCAGUUUUCCUCUUUGUUUUUUCCAUCUACAUCUACUAUAAAAGACAAACACCCCCUCCCCCUUUAUUAUGUCAUUUUUGCAUACAUGGAUCUAGGUUUUUAGUUUCCUAUACCAAAAAAAUUCUCAUAGACUCAGAUAAAUAUAUAGACGAGAGAUAUUUUUUUUAAUUACCUGAGACACAAGGCAAUGGCGGCGCCUGAGAAACCCAGCAGUAGCUCCAAAGGUCAAGCAUGGUUUUGCACCACUGGUUUGCCAAGCGACAUUGUUAUCGAAGUCGACGACAUGACGUUUCAUCUCCACAAGUUUCCUUUGAUGUCCAAGAGCCGAAAGCUUCACGAGCUUAUAACGGAGCAAGAAACUAACGCUGGUACUGUACAACCGCGAAUAACGGAAGAGGAACAAGGAAACAGUGACGGUGACGAAAUUGAGGAGAUACAGUGUUACUUAACGCUAACGGAAUUUCCGGGUGGUUCGGAGACGUUUGAGACGGCGGCGAAGUUCUGUUACGGCGUUAAGAUCGACGUGACCUCCGCCAACGUGGCGCCACUCCGUUGCGCCGGCGAGUUUCUUGAAAUGACGGAGGAGUACUCCGAGGACAACCUCAUUUCCAAGACGGAGAGGUUCUUUUCUCAGUCUGUGCUCAAAAGCCUCAGAGACUCCAUCAAAGCUUUGAAGUCCUGCGAGAAGUUAAUGCCUAUGGCGGAAACCCUAGGGAUCACUCAGCGUUGCAUCGAUUCGAUCUCUUCCAGAGCUUCCUCCGCCGAUCCGGCGCUGUUCGGUUGGCCGGUGAGCGACGCCAUCGACGGAGGAGGUCGGAGUUCGUAUACGAAGCAGCAGAUCUUGUGGAAUGGGAUCGAUGGCGGCAGCGGCUAUGUUGGUGGUGGUGGACGAAGAAAGAGUGCUGUAUCUAGGGCUAGCAAUGCGGAGCUGUGGUUUGAGGAUUUGGUGCUUCUGAGUUUACCGUUGUUCAAGCGUUUGAUCUUCGCGAUGAGAGAUACAGAUCUGAGUCCUGACAUUAUCGAGAGCUGUUUGAUGUUCUACGCAAAGAAAUACAUUCCAGGAACUUCUAGGUCCAGUCGGAAGCCAUCAACGUCUUCUUCAUCAUCGUCAACUACCGCCUCCGAAGCCGAACAGAAGGAACUGUUGGAAACUAUAGUCACCAAUCUUCCAUUGGAGAAAAGCUCAAGGUCUUCAACAGCAACGAGAUUCCUAUUCGGAUUGUUGAGAACCGCGAAUAUACUCAACGCUUCUGAAGCUUGCAGAGCUGCGUUGGAGAAGAAGAUCGGAUUGCAACUCGAGCAAGCCACACUAGAUGACCUUUUAAUUCCAAGCUAUUCGUAUCUGAAUGAAACUCUCUACGACGUUGAUUGCGUUGAGAGGAUCUUAAGCCAUUUCCUCGAUGGAUUGCAAGAAACAAACCAAACAGGCGAAGACGGAGACAACGGAGUCAGAUCGCCGGCGUUAAUGCUAGUUGGAAAAUUGAUCGACGGUUAUUUAUCGGAGAUCGCCUCUGACGCGAAUCUCAAACCAGACAAAUUCUAUCACCUAGCGAUUUCGCUUCCAGAUCAGGCUCGACUCUUCGACGACGGUCUUUACAGAGCCGUUGAUGUGUACCUCAAGGCGCAUCCUUGGAUAUCGGAGUCGGAGCGAGAAAAGAUUUGCGGAGUGAUGGACUCCCAGAAACUCACACUCGAAGCGUGCACACACGCGGCACAGAACGAGCGUCUUCCGUUACGAGCGGUGGUGCAAGUACUGUUCUUCGAGCAGCUACAGCUCCGCCACGCGAUCGCCGGGACUCUACUCGCCGCCGAAACGGCGCCGCUCGAGUCAGGCAGGCCGUCGGCGCUGUCGCAGCUGCGAGAAGAGCAGGAGGGGACGGAAGUGGAGGAGGAAAGCGAGGAGAACAACGCGGGGGUUUUGGUGGCGGCGGCGACGGAGGAGAGCGGCACGUGGAGGACUGCGGUGAGGGAGAAUCAGGUGCUGCGUCUCGACAUGGAUAGCAUGAGGACGCGGGUGCAUCAGCUGGAACGCGAGUGUUCCACAAUGAAGAGAGUGAUCGAGAAGAUUGAAAAAACGGGCCCAGCUGGAUGGAAAGGCUCGUUGACUAGGAAAUUCGGGUGUAAAUUUAAGACCCAAGUUUGUGAUUCUCAUGAACCAACGGUUGUGGAUGCGAGAAAAGGAAGACACCACCAUCACCAGCAAUAGGUUUUCCGUAUCCAAUCAUGUUCCCACGCCCUAUGACGUGUAAUCGCAAAUACGGCGUAAAAUAUAUAUAAAAUUUUCUGAAUCCUUGUACAUUUUCUGCCACGUAAACUGUGGAAAAAAAGCUCGAAUAAUUGUGUCU